AUGCAUUCGCAGGCUUCCGUCGAGAUGAACGGAUUCUGUGAUGCUAGCACAGCAAAUUACGGAGCGUGCUCAUAUUUGCGGUCGGAGGCCAAAGGCAACGCUGAAGCACAUCUACUCUGCGCCAAGUCAAGAGUAGCUCCCUUAAAAGCUUUAACAAUACCAAUAUUGGAACUUUCAACAGCGUGUUUGUUGGCUGAGCUUAUCGUAAACGUUAAGGAAACCAUAGAUUUUGAUUGCACCUUUCACUGCUGGUCGGACUCGUCUAUUGUGUUGGCUUGGAUUCGGCAACCUCCGAGGGAGUUCAACGUAUUUGUGUCUAAUAGAAUCGCGAAAAUCCAGGAAAUGACGAAAAUUGUGGCUUGGCAUCAUGUUCCAACAGACUUGAAUCCGGCGGAUGUGGUAUCGCGCGGAUAUGCAGUAAAGAACCUUCCGGAACGGCGUUCCACGGCGCUAAUUGGAACCGUUGGCACUGACAUAUCUAUCAACUGCAAGUUUCUCAACUCAUUCGACAAGUUGCAGCGUGUUUUCGCAUACAUUUAUCGAUUCAUUGCCGUUGACGAGAUCAGCUUCGGAACCGUUCUGCUUCUAAGGAGCGUUCAACAGGUUCACAUAGCGGUGGAGUAUGAGGUUCUUAGCCAAGGCCAGCCUUGUCCUCCAAAGAGCAAGUUGAUUUCUCUGAGGCCAAGGCUUCAAAAUGCGAGCUUGGACUACGAGACUAAGCAUCCGAUAUUGUUACCCAAGGAUCAUCCGGUCACCAGGGCGAUUAUCGUCUAUUAUCAUGAGAAAUACUUCCACGCAGGACCACAGGCGCCACGAAAGUUCGUGGCUAGCGUCAUCAACAAAUGCGUCAGAUGCUUUCGGAUGAAGCCUGUGGCUUGGGAACACGUGAUGGGUAGCCUGCCAGCAGGUCGAGUUCAGCCUAACCCGUUCUAUCACAAGUCAGAGGCCCGGAACAAAGCACCCCACAAGUGCUACAUCGUCGUCUUUGUCUGCUUUUCGAUGAAGGCUGCGCACUUGGAAGUCGUCCAGGAUCUCACAACGGAUUCUUUCACGGCAGCUCUGAGAAGAUUCAUUAGCCUCAGAGGCAGUCCACGUAUUUGGAGUGAUAAUGGUCUAUGA